GGCAGCCCACUGUGGCUGUCACACUGGAGUACACAAUGCUGCUACACCGUUAGAAAUGUGCUUUUAAAUUAGUCUUAUGAUCGUACGGUCUUUUUCGAUGGGAAAAUAUACUCAGCAUGCAAUCAAAAGUUAUACAAUUGAUUGUUUUUGCGGAAUAACAUGUAAGUAAACUGCUAGAGAUGAUGAUGCAUUUGUCUCUAUGUAGAAGUAAAGGGCUCUUCCUGCCCUUUAUCAAACACUGUCCUGAUAUGAAAGUAUUCCGCAUUAAACGGAGAUCAGAGGGAAUCGUGAGCACCUGCACUGUGAUCAGACACAGGUGGAUGAAAAGGGCCUGUUUAAGCGUCAGUCCUGUCAGAGAGUUCAGCUCAAAUGCAACUGAGAAGGAGAGUAUGGACAUGUCAAAGUUUCCAGUGGAAAGAAUUCGGAACUUCAGCAUUAUUGCUCAUAUCGAUCACGGCAAGAGCACUUUAGCAGACAGACUGCUGGAGAUCACAGGUGCCAUUGUGAAGUCAGUGAAUAACAAGCAGGUGUUGGAUAAACUGCAGGUGGAGAGAGAGAGAGGAAUCACUGUGAAAGCACAGACUGCCUCGCUCUUCUAUCAGUAUGAGGGCCAGACGUACCUGCUCAAUCUCAUCGACACACCGGGUCACGUUGACUUCAGCUAUGAGGUAUCCCGGUCCAUUUCUGCUUGCCAAGGAGUUCUGCUGAUUGUCGAUGCAAAUCAGGGGAUUCAAGCGCAAACAGUCGCCAAUUUCUAUCUGGCAUUUGAGGCUCAACUAAAGAUCAUCCCUGUUAUAAACAAGAUUGAUUUGAAAAAUGCUGACCCAGAGAGAGUGGAGAAACAGAUUGAAAAAGUCUUCGAUAUCCCAAAGGAGGAGUGUAUCAGGAUCUCUGCAAAACUGGGCACUAAUGUGGAGCAAGUUCUGCAGGAGGUGGUGAAACGGAUCCCACAUCCAGUGGCGCGAGUGGCCGAUCCGUUUAAGGCUCUGGUCUUUGACUCUACCUUCGACCAUUAUAGAGGAGUGGUGGCCAAUAUCGCUCUAUUUGGUGGACGUGUGUCCAGAGGAGACAAGAUCGUCUCCACCCACCUGGGAAAGAUGUAUGAGGUCAACGAGCUGGGCAUUCUGAGACCAGAUGAACACCCAACAGAGACGCUCUAUGCCGGACAGGUGGGUUAUGUGGUCGCUGGGAUGAAGGAGGUGAAGGAGGCACAGAUUGGAGACACUCUUUACCUCCACAAACAGCCUGUGGAGGCGUUGCCAGGGUUUAAACCGGCUAAAGCCAUGGUCUUCGCAGGCAUGUAUCCUAUGGACCAAUCAGAAUACACAGCCCUGCGCAGCGCUGUGGAGAAACUAGUGCUGAACGACUCCAGUGUGACGGUACAGAGGGACAGCAGCCUGGCUCUGGGAGCUGGAUGGAGGCUGGGGUUUCUAGGUUUGCUGCAUAUGGAGGUGUUUAACCAGCGGUUAGAGCAGGAGUACAAUGCGUCUGUUAUCGUAACCGCUCCGACUGUGCCAUACAAGGCUGUGCUGGCAUCUGCUAAACUCAUAAAGGAGCACGGUGAGGAGGUGAUCACCAUCAUCAACCCUGCGCAGUUCCCAGAUAGAUCACAGGUGCUGGAGUAUCUGGAACCCAUGGUGAUUGGAACAAUCAUCGCUCCACAUGACUUCAUUGGGAAGAUCAUGAGCCUUUGUCAGAGCCGCAGAGCCAUUCAGAAGAACAUGUUGUACAUCGAUGAUAAUCGAGUGAUGAUGAAAUACGUCUUUCCUCUAAACGAGAUUGUGGUGGACUUUUACGACCAGCUAAAAUCCAUGUCAUCAGGAUACGCCAGUUUUGAUUACGAGGACGCUGGUUAUGAGGCAGCUGAGCUCAUACGAAUCGACUUCCUGCUCAAUGGACGACCCGUAGAGGAACUUGCCACUAUCGUUCACAAAGAGAGAGCGUACAGUGUGGGCAAAUCCAUAUGUGAGAGACUGAAGGAUUCCAUCCCGAGACAGAUGUUUGAGAUCGCUGUGCAGGCCGCCAUCGGAAGCAAAGUCAUCGCUAGAGAAACGAUCAAAGCAUACCGAAAGAAUGUUCUGGCAAAAUGUUAUGGUGGCGACAUUACAAGAAAAAUGAAACUAUUGAAGAAGCAGGCAGAAGGAAAGAAGAAAAUGCGGCGCAUUGGAAACAUUGACAUCCCGAAAGACACCUUCAUGAAUGUACUUAAACGGAAGUAGUUUCCUCUGGAACUUCACCAUAAAAAUCAUACAAAUCUAGGGUUUCUUUAGGGUGAUUUGUAAAUAUGAGAUUGGAAGUGUAUGGUGAUUGAUUUAGAUAUGUUAUUAAAGAUGAUGGAACUGAGUGAUAUUAUUCUGGGUACUUAAAGCAGGUUGGAUUAAUUAGUCUUCAUUAUGCUGAAACGAUUCUGCAGUUCUCCCAGGAGCAGAGUCAGACUGCUUGCUAAGUGUUUUCAUUGGAAACAUUCAUUCUGAGUGGACGCAGAAGUAUUUGGCUGCACUGUUUUCCUUUGAAGACAUUUGUUAUUCCACUUUCAGGUAGUCAGAGGGUGAGUUAUAGUGGUUGUGAAUAUCAGGUUCGAUAAAGGUUGAGUUUGCUGAAGGAUUUCUAAAUGUCUGAGCUUUUGAAACUGAGCAGAAAUCACACUUUGGCUUGUCUGCUGAGUCUCGUGCAACUUGUCGCAACGUGUCACAUUUCAACCCCCUAAAAAAAUAUUUUCAUGACAAUUAAGCAUUGUCGUAAAAUAUGAAGAAAUACAAUCUUUGUUUUAAGUUGGGUUUAUAAAUAAAUAAAUAAAAAAACGUAUGUAUAGAUUUGUUUAAAUAAUGAAUUUAAAAAUGUCAAGUGGUGAAACCAUGAAGUGAAAGUUAUUUUAAAAUAUUUAUUAAAAAGUUGACUUAAGUAAAUACAAAAAUGCACGUGAGUGAACAAUAUUUAAUUUAGGAACACCUGUAAUCUACAUAUUCAUGUGAUUAUCUAAUCGGCCAGUCAUGUGGCAGCUGUGCAAUAAAACCAU